GUCUACUUGGCUCUGCAGUGGAUUCAGUUCACUAUGGCCAUGCUCAGCGUUAUAGGUUCCAGCUCGAUUAUCGCCUAUGCCAUCUUUCAAAACGCAGUGCGGUCCCCCGAGGUUCGUCCGCUUUUCUACCUGAGCCUCUCUGACCUAUUCCUGGGCAUGUGCUGGCUCGCCGGGGCGCUCCUCUACAGCACACCCACCUCCAAGCAGGACCUCGUCUGCUACAACCUGCAAGCGAUGGGACAAAUAUUCUACGUGGCAUCGUUUCUAUACACCGUCAACUACACCUGGCAUCUGUACAUGGACCUAAAGAUGAAAUACAACCAGAACCUCUUCAGGAUGCCCCCGCAGGUUGUAGAUUAUGCGAGUUGCAUUGGCCGAAUAGCAACGAUCUCAUCCAGCCUCAUCCCUUUCCUUCUCAUGGUGCCCGUGUUUUGCCUGGGAAACAGCAGUAAUUGCUACCAGAACUUCAGCCAGAAGCACGGAUGUCUCCUGAUGCACACAGAAAUAGCCGUGCCCACCAACGAGCCCCAAACCCUCAGUGGCUCAGUUUGCCGUGCGAUGCAUUUCUAUGGCAUCGGGGUCUUCCUCAUUUCCUUUCUGAUCAGCUUCAUAGCCAUUCUGGUUAUACUCGGUCAAGCCCGAGGUUUGUACAAAAGGUUCGUAAACUCCACGGGAUUCCUGGGGGACCAGCAGUGGGCCAUGAUCAAGAUGGUAGAACAACGAGUGGUUUUUUACCCCGUCGCAUUCUUCUGCUGCUGGGCCCCAGCUGUCCUCCUUGGGAUACUGAAGCUGACUGUGUCAACAAACAGCAAAAUCUACAUGGCUCUUCUGAUUCUGCAGGCUCUGACAGCGGCUUCCCAGGGGCUCCUGAACUGCGUGGUGUACGGCUGGACGCAGCACGUCUUCCUCUCCCUCAAACGCAACGCCUGCCGGGACGUCGACACUCAGACCCCUCUCUUGCGCUCCCAGAAGAAGUUCUAUGCCAGCACGCUCCCCACCAGCCCGCCGGACGCCGAGGGGUCCACAUCCACCCUGCUCUGA